AUGCAAGUUGUCAAAAAUGAUUUUCUCGAAGAACUGGAACUUGCUCCUACUGAAGAGUUGAUUCCUACUAAUGUAAACACAGAUGAAAUCCACAAUUUGAUAUCAUUAACUUUAGAAUCUGCAUCAAAAAACGAUUUUAAUCAAUUAGCAACUUCUAUUAAAAAUCUCCGUAUAAAGAUAGUUCCAGAUUUCAGGAUGUACCCUAACAUACUAAAUAAUAUUGAUAAUAGUCAGCUGUUCUCAGUAUUUUUAAGUCUAUUAUCAAUUGAUGUUCCAACCAUAGUUCAAGACUCGUUAAGCCUUCUCACAGCAAUUACAAAGAGAAACAAGCAAUAUUCUCAAAUGAUUUUUGAUGAACAAAUGAUUCCAAUAUACAUAAAGAUUUUGGGAUCAGAAAACAUAGUUUCUCGCAAAUUCGUAAUGACGUUCUUGCUAAAUAACAUGCAAGACCAUCAAGAAAUUGGUUUAAUUUUUAUAUAUUAUUUUUUACAGCCAGCAGAUAUUGUUCAACUUACUCCUUAUUAUGCUCUCUACAUUCUAAAAGAACUGGAAUACUUUAAGAACAUAGAUAAUCUUGAUUUUACAAAUGUAAUUUUACGUCUUCAAGAUUACAUCGAAGCAGGCGAUAAAAAUGCAAUUAGAUACUCCAUUACCGCUGUUAAGAAAGGUCUUGAGGAAGAAAUUGAAGCAUUUCGUGAUUUUUGCAUCCAAAAUUGUUGGUGGGAAUUAAUUUCCACAAAAGCCAUUUGUUGUCCAGUUACAUCUAUUAGAAUCAUUGGAUAUGAAACUCUCGGUGUAUUAUUACCAUUCAUUCCACUAGAAGUACUCUCAGAAAAGCCAUUAAUACCUUUAGAAUAUAUUUACAAAUGUUUUAUUUAUACUGAUGAUUCAACAGGUCCAAUGCUUGAUUUUAUUCAUGAAUACAUUGAAGUUUUUCCUUUCUACGUGCGUGAAUUUGUUGAAACGUAUGUUUAUGAAGAAUUGACAUGCUUUGAUAAACUUGUUUCUUUGAUGGCAAAUGGAAAGAGAAAAUUGUUGGAUGGAUGCAUCAAAGUUUUGGUUGAUAUCAUUAUGAAGGCUUCUGGAAAUCAACUGAAAAAGAUGACGCCGGGAUCAACGAUUCCAGCAAUGCUUGAUUGGAUAGAAACAUCAGAUAACAAUCAGUUAAUUGGUGAUAUUUUAUCUGCUUUGCAAAGAUGGAUUAUGUCGAUGAAAAGUUAUUGGCCUUUAGACACAAUUUUGGAUUUCUUCCAAUUCCCAUUGACAGAAGAUAUAUUUACUGAAUUGCUUGAGUCAGAUGAUGAUGUUAUAUCUGAACUUGCAACAAAGAUUCUUGAAGAUUUAUCUGGAGAAUAA